AAGUAGUACUACAAGUACUAAGUACGUUCGUGUAGUUUGUUUUUUUUAUUGGAUUAAAAGGGCGCUGGCGAGAUGAGGGCGUUCAUCCCGUUCUUACUCUCCUCUUUCCUGAUGUACGUAAAUGCCGAUAACAAGAAUGACACGGACGUCGUGGACUUCUUCCGUCGGGGCAUUCAAAAGGAGAUCCAGACAGUCAAACAGCCGAUUGACGAAACCAUCGCGUAUGUAGGAUCGUCACAAUGUAAACAUGUUAAGAAACUACUGGGGGUUUCUUAUGAGCAAUUACAGGGGGAGAGUGAACCAGACCUGAACAGUCUAACCCUUCAUUACAAGACCAGGGCAUAUACAACGAUCAUCAAUAUCACAGCAGCGGCGGAGUCACUGCGUCAGGCUCGGAGUUACGACCCUGAUGAGAAGUUAAUAAUCUUUGUGCACGGGUUCACGGACGAUCCCACUAAGGAUAGCUUUACGCACAUACAUCGCUCUUUUAUUGAAAAUGGUCACAUCGGUUUGAUAGCACUUGACGGCAGCUCGCUGAUCCGUUGGAUUUAUCUCCGCGCGACGACUUACGUGCAGUUCAUGGGACAAAAGCUCGGAGAGAUCUUAGCUGGCAUGGUUUACCAGGGCCAAGACCCGACAAAAAUCCACAUAAUUGGGCACAGCCUCGGAGCACAUAUAUCUGGGUUCGCUGGAAAAGCCUUCUACAAUUUGACCGGGAAGCUGGUCGGCAGGAUCUCCGGCCUGGACCCAGCUGGGCCUUGCUUCAGUCACGUCGACCCGGACUCUAGGCUGAUGCACACUGACGCGGCGUUCGUGGACGUGAUGCAUACGGACGCCGGCGUGUAUGGGAUCAAAGAUGCCGUUGGUCACGCAGACUACUUCCCCAAUAGCGGCACCUUGCAGCCGAACUGCCUGCUGCAGACGUGCUCACACUCUCGCGCGUGGCAGAUGUACGGCGAAUCUGUGCUGACCAGAGAGGCCUUCCCCGCGAUCAAGUGCAGCGACUGGGAGGAGUUUAAGAACGGAAGCUGUAAGAAUGAAAUUAGCUACAUGGGCUACGGGGCCAAGUCUGACGCCCGCGGAAAAUACUUCUUGCAGACGAAUGGCGAGUCUCCAUACGGGAUGGGUGUCCGCGGCAUCAAGUAUACGAACACGGAUGGAAUAGUCAAGAGCAUUUCAAACGUCUUCGGAUAAUUUGAUACUUUAAGAUUUAUAUAUUUAUUUAUAUGUCGAUGUGUACGUUACUAGAAUUAUGGUUGUUAUACAUAAAAGUAGCAUUAUGAGAAACGGUUUUAUUGUCUUCGAUUAAAAUAAUAAUUUAAGCAUUAUUUUAUUAAGAGUACAGUUGAUAAUAAGUUUGAUAAUUAAUUAUUAAAAAUAAUGCAAAGCAUCUAAUUACGUAAUAGUUAUGUAUUUGUAUUAUAUAUUAGACGGGUAUACGGGUACCUAAUAUGCCACUCGAUAGAAAGUGUUCCCCACGCACAGACAGACAUUGCCAUUGCUAUAAGCAUUGACCAGCCCUUACGGCGUUUCAACCCACAGCCAAUAUUAUUUAGGAUUCGGUUAUUGUAUCUGUUGUUCAAAAAUAAGUAAUAAUACUAUUAAUUAUUUUUUACAUCAUAUUUAACUGGUAAUAAAUAUUUGUAGAAUCUUAUUUAUUAUGUAAACAAAUACAAUUGCAACGAGAUAUUAACAAUAUGUCUUCAUAUAUGUCUUCAAUUUCAAAUUCAUUAUAAAAUUAUUAUUUUCGUUGAUUUUAUCAAAAUGUUAAUAUUGUUGUGAGCAUACACGGUAUUGUUGUAUUGUGUUGCAUAUUGUGAAAUUCAAAUUUGCUUUAAAACACCCUGAGGAGCAUCUUUAGCUGCAAUUAUUAAUAGUCCGGCUUUGUUACACUGGCUCACUUAACCGCAAUAUAUAAAUGUAAGUAUUGCUGACUUUUUAAUAAAAUAACUAGUGAUUGGGUAACAACCAGCGUCGAGUGAUAAUAAUUUUAAGCAGUUUUAUUGUUUGAAAUGUAUAAGACUUGUGAAAGUAAUGUUUGUGUUAUUUGAAAAUAAAAGUUAUGAAAAACAAAACAA